AUGGUGGAACGUCUACCAGGAGUAGCUCCCCAAAUCCAGAGGAGAAACCCUAACUUGUACACAGAUACUCCCUUCGCGGAGGAGAUCGCCUCAGUCGAGAUGCCUUGGAAAUUCUCCUUCCCCAGCAUCAUGAUGUACGAGGGCACCGGAGACCCCGACGAUCAUAUCGCACAAUAUAAGCAGAGGAUGCUAGCGGUUGCGCUCCCCAAGGAGUCCCGAGAAGCUACCAUCAAUCUCCCUACCAGGUCCAUCUCUUCCUUUGCCGGACUGAGCGACAAGUGUGUAGAACAAUUCGCGAGUAGCAGGAGCCUGGAGAAGACUUCAGACAGUCUCUACGAGAUCCUCCAGCAUCGAGCAGAACCCCUGCAGGACUACAUAGCCCAUUUUAAUCAAGAGAAGGUAGCAGUCCCUGAAUGCAGCAUCCCUACCGCAAUCUCUGCCUUCAAGAGAGGCCUACUUUUAGACGGAGGGCUCUACAAAGAGCUAACCAUGUACCCUUGCAAAACCAUGGAGGAUGUGCUAUCCCGAGCGUGGGCACAGGUGAAGUGGGAAGAGGACGUCGCUAGCCGCGCCAAGGCUCAACCCAAACAGGAUCAAAGAGCUGGUCAACACGCUGGGGCAGAUUGGUCAACAGGUCAAGUGUCCCCCAAAGACGAACUGCUCCAAAAGGGGCAUCUUCGAGAAUUACUUUCAAAGAAAGCCAAGGCUCAUCUUAGCAAAGAAGUAUCAUGGAAAUCCAAAGGAGACGCACCAAGCUCACCACCUCGCCAGGAUCGGGUGAUUCAUGUAAUCUCAGGAGGCUCUGAAGUAAGUGGCGUGAGCCAUGCAGCUGCGAAGAAGAGCACCCGUAAUGCUAAACACGGCCUGGAGACUGCUCAACCUAAACGCCUACUUCUAGGUACCAACGAGAUAAGCUUCACAGCCAAGGGGCAAGAGAAGAUAUUAGCUCCCCACCAUGUUGCUCUAGUUGUCUCUCUCACCAUAGCGAACUGUUUAGUGAAAAGAAUACUAGUAGACAACGGGUCUUCCAGCAAUAUAAUCUUCCUGACGGUGUACCAAGACCUGGGGUUAGAGGAGAAUACCCUGACGCGCAAAGUAACUCCACUCAUCGGGUUCAACGGCGAGGUCAAGCAAACCGCUAGGGAGGUUGUUCAACCAGUAUAUGCUGAAGGGAUCAACCUAUCUACCAAAUUCCUGGUCGUGGACUGUCAAUCGGCAUACAACAUGAUCUUAGGACGAUCAUGGAUUCACGACAUGGGAGCAGUCCCGUCAACCCUCUAUCAAAUAGUGAAGUUCCCUACACCUUGGGGCAUCAGAGCAAUCCGAGGAGACCAAGAGAAUUCUAGGUCCUGCUACCAGACCACCUUAAAGGGGAAAACCAAGGUCUUAUAG